AUGACAAAACCUGUUAACCAAAAUAAGCUUGAACCUUUUGAAGUUUCGUUUGGAGCUGGUGCUCUUUCAGGUGCAUAUGAUACCAUUGAAGGUCAUAUGCCUAUAGAAGCUUGUAGAGAAGCUCUCUUGUCAGGUAUCAAUUCUUUUGAUACAUCACCUUAUUAUGGAAAAAGCGAAUAUAUCCUAGGAGACGCGCUUUUUGAACUUCGAAACGAGUUUCCUCGAGACCAUUACUAUUUAGCGACCAAAGUAGGUCGAUAUGGUUAUACCGUCAAAGAAUUUGAUUAUAGCGCAAAAAGGGUUUAUGAGAGUGUAGAGGAAAGUAUGAGACGGAUGCACACUGACUACUUGGAUAUCGUCUAUUGUCAUGAUGUUGAAUUUGUUGACUUUGAACAGGUGGUUGGACCUAAUCAGGCCUUGGAGGCAUUGUUCGAUUUAAAAAGCAAAGGAAAGAUAAAGUAUGUUGGAUGUUCGGGUUAUCCAUUGGAAGUGUUAUUAAGAAUAGCAGAGCAUCAACAUAAAAAGGGACAGCCAUUAGAUAUUAUUUUAUCUUACUGUCAUUACAAUCUUCAAAAUACAAAGUUGGCAGAUUAUACACCCAAGUUCAGAGAGGCAGGUGUAAAGUAUAUAUUUAAUGCAUCACCACUUGCUAUGGCCUUACUCCGCGAUGCUGGGCCACCUGACUGGCAUCCUGCCCAUGUCGAGCUACGUGAGGCUGCUAGAAAGGCUGCCCAGGUAGCUGCAGAUCAUGGUUUUAGUAUUGCCAACUUGGCUUCUCGAUUUGCCUUCCGUGGUCGAGAUGUGUUCCAUCUGGACGCUACUCUCAUAGGUCUUGCCAGAAAAUCUGAAGUUCAAGAAGCUAUGCGUGCCUGGAAGGAAGCAAAGGAAAGAAAAAACACACUCGAAGAAGACUUGGUUUAUGAAAAGAUAGAAGAGAUAUUCAAGCCUUUUAAAAACUAUUCAUGGCAAAGUCCUAAUGAUAAAGAACGGGGUUUAGCAUAG